AUGGAGGGAGUUUUCGGCGGCUACAUCACUUCCCCUUUAUUUACUUUCCAAAUCGGAGCAGAGAAGAAGGAAUUCACAGUGCACUCUCGCCCUCUGGCACAACUUUCCCCCGUCCUCGAUAAGCUGAUGAAUGGCAAUAUGCUGGAGGCGAAGACCAGACGUGUGGAUUGGUCUGAAGUCGACGAGGAUACUUUCGUGAGGCUCUGCGAGUAUGCUUAUUUGCAUGACUAUACCCCACCAUCGCCUCUCGAGGUAUCUCCGUUUGUUGACGAGCAGCCACCAGCUCCUGAGCACGAACCUGACCCUCAGCCUGAGCCUGUACCUGAGCCCGAGCCUGUACCUGAUAUUUCCCCAUGGGGAUUUCCGAGUAUCCGAUCCGCGAAAGCAGAAAAACGGCAAAGUCGCAAACAGAAAACAUCUCGAAUACAACCGCGAAAGCCCGCAUCUCCAGUAGUCGAAGAGCCGCUACCAUACAAAGAAAAGAGCAUAUGGACACGCCACCUGAAAGACUCCUUCUCACCACUAACCUUGGACGUUAGCAACAACUGUACACCCCAAGAAUCCCGUUUCUCCCCACAAGCAAACACGCAAGAUCAGGACUUCACUCCUGUCUUCCUAGGUCACGCACGGCUAUACCUCCUAGCCCAUAAAUACAUGAUCGACCCCCUCCGCCAGCUGGCACGCUCCAAGAUGGCACAGACCCUAUCUAAUUUUACCCUGUAUCGGCAGAGCCUGCCGGCGGUUCUUGAGCUCGUGCGGUUCGUGUACGCCGAGACAGGGCCCUUUCCUUUUGCGACUGGCCCCCUACGCGCGCUUAUAACAUCUUACAUGGUGUCUGCCCUUGGGCAGGUCGGCGACGAUGCAAAAUUCGAGGCGCUGUUGGAGGAGGGAGGCGAUUUUGUGGCUGACUUUUGGCGCGCGGUUUGGAAGGCUGGUUGA